CUCACCGUUUCACUCUUCCCUCCCCUCAGGACAUGGCGAAAAGCCUGAGGAGCAAAUGGAAGAGGAAGAUGCGGGCGGAGAAGAGGAAGAAGAACGCGCCCAGGGAGCUGGAGAGGCUGAAAAAAAUCUUGGGAACCAACGCGGAUGUCGUCAUGGAGGAGGUCAAGGAGGUGGCGACCGUCCUGCCCCCCAAGAAAGUCCUCGAGCAGGGGGAUGACUGCAAAAUGGACAUAGAUAGUAAACGAAACAAAAAAACUCUUCUAGACCAGCAUGGACAGUACCCAAUAUGGAUGAAUUCCAGGCAGAGAAAGAAGCUGAAGGCACAGCGUGUUAAAGGGAAAAAAAAAUCGAAAUUGGCCAAAGGCCUAGUCUGGUAAAAUCGGAGUUUUGUAAGAUCACGAGUAUUUUACUCACAAAAUAAAUAUCCCAGAUAAGUACAGGAUAUUUUUGUGCUUGGCCACUGAGUGUAAUUUACUGUGUUGCAUGAACUUUUGAAGAGGCUGUUAGGCCAGCAAAUGAUGAAAGCAAUAUCAACUUGGUGUCUGCCGAACUUAAAAAAAUAAUACAAAAAGCAAGCUGAGUGCCGUUGAAUAGACUAAGUGUCUGUGGUUAUCUGUUCUCUUGAGGGGGGAGGGUCUUCAUCUUUUAUGUUGUGAAUGCUGAAAAUGCCAAAGGAAAUCCUAAAAAUAACGAAACUAAAUGUUUUUUGUACUGUGGUCUUUGCCAAUGUAACUUGUCUUUUAGUAAAUUUAACCAAAGGCUUCUGUAAACUCACCAUGUCCUUUAAAUUAUUCUGUAAAAUGACUUUUGUUGCACCGAUUUGUGUUGCUUUUAACAUCUGGUAAUUAACGAAAAAGGGCUUUUAACAUGUAACUUAAAAGAGGUUAUACACUGAAAUCAACACCAAGGCUUCAUGAAACUUCUGUAAGUAAAAAGACAAAGUGUCAAUCUGACUUUAAUUCGCAAAGAGAAAGUUGUUGGAACAAAGAAGUAUUUAUUUCACUGCUGUCUCGUAGGAACAAAAUAACUGAAAGUAAAACUGAUUCUUUUGUUACUGAUAUGAGAGAAUGCAAAUGCACAGAUUGGAAAUAAAAUAGUUUUAUUUACGAC